AAUACAAACGUUUGCACAGCUAAAUUUGGCCGUUACACGAGCAACCGCCAAACGCCAACCGCCAGCGGCCUGAUAAGCAUGCCCCACGAUUCAGUGCGUGUACAGGUGAAUUAGUUUUGAGCAGUAUACAUUGGCGGGUGCGUGAAAUCAACCACUUUCCUUGCGCUGAUGGAAGCUCGAAUGGGUUUUCGCACAGCUAUGCCAGUUAAAAAUAGCCACUCACCCCACCUAAUUUAGACUGUCUGCCUGAUAGCCGUUGAUCAAACCUUUCGCGCACCCCCGCUCGCCUGUCUGCAUUCAUAAUACACUACGUAAAUACUCUAUAACUACUCGUUCAGUAUAUGGAAGGUGGCUGAUAAGAUGUGUGCUUCUUAUCGCACACGCUUGUGCCUACCCAUAUAUGAGAGUGUUCGCUAACAAACGCACUCAGUUGUCGUUAAUUCGCUCUAGACAACGGUUCUAAACACAAAAAAAAAGCUAAAAUAAAAAAACUGAAAGUUUAAGAUUCCAAAUAGCCAAAAGUUGACCGUUAAAAAAAAACAAAAAAAAAAGUACUAACUAUUUACUAAAUAAAUAAAAACUAUAAAAUCUGCUACGCAAUGGCAGUACAAAAUUCUAAAUUUCUUAGCAGUAGUUUCAACUCUGCCUUUGUGCCAACUAGUGCUUAUUAUCAACACUUAAGCGCCGCCUCGGUCGCUUUAGCCGCCUAUGAAGGCUGGAGUCACUUGGAUUUAUUGUCACCACAACUAUCACAAUCAUCGCCAAAGUCUAUUGAUGAGGCGCUGCAAAUGCAUCAUUUAAGAUUUCCUACGCCUCCAAUAACACCACCAUAUAAUAAGAAUACACAUAAAUUACCAGCCAGUACACAAACACCCAGCAUACGCACACAAUCGGUCAUUAUGAAAAUCGGAGAAGACCAUUUGGAUAGUAAUAUGCCACCAACACCAGAACAUGUCGACGAUAUGGCAGUGGACAUAGUUGGUUUGGAGGACACCGCAUUAAGCCCAGAAAUACAUCGUCAAGCGAUGACAAUGAACACGUCCACAACUAGCAGCGCUAGUUCGACACCAAAACGAAGUGAAUACGUCUGCGAAUGGAUUGAUUGCGGCAGAGAUCACAGCAGCCUCGAAUCAUUGGCCGCCCAUGUAACCAAAGUACAUGCCGUAGCUUCACCAGCCGAUGGUUUAUACUAUUGCCGUUGGCAGGGAUGUACACGACUGCGCGGAUUCUCAGCACGUUAUAAGAUGCUGGUACAUGCCCGCACUCACACUAAGGAGAAACCUCACCAAUGCCAUCUCUGCAUAAAGAGUUUCUCACGUGCAGAGAAUCUUAAGAUUCAUAUUCGUUCGCAUUCCGGCGAGAAACCAUACCUAUGUACUUAUGAAGGUUGCAACAAGGCCUAUUCCAACUCUUCGGAUCGGUUCAAACAUACUCGCACUCACGCUAUGGAUAAACCCUAUAUGUGUAAAGUACCCGGUUGUCAAAAACGUUACACGGAUCCCUCAUCAUUACGUAAACACGUGAAAACUUUCAAACAUGCUGUACAAUUGAUUGGCACCGCCGCUAUUACCCCCGUUCAGAAUCCCAUUAUUGAUACAGAAACAGCAGCAACACACGGUACUCUACAAACUCACAUGCCCAGCACAAUUACAUCUUCAACUCUGAACGCUGUUAUAUUGGGUAGAAAUCAUCAUAUACAUGAUGAUCACUAUGCGAAAGGUUACAGCGACGCCGCAAUACCAGUUUGUCAGCUCUGCGUGCCGCCACCACCACCACCUCACUACUAUCUUAAUGCUAUGGAGGAGGAUGUUUGCAAUAUCAAGCCGGCUCAGCUCGAUUAUUAUUACGCCGCAACAAGUCAAUUAUCGGCAGGCAGCAGUACUGGAUCCAGUCAUGGUUGGAAUUCCAAUGCACGUGGCGUUGAGAGUCCUGUACGAACUAUGGAAACGGAAACACCCCUAGAUUUGCGGGUUAAUCGCAGUUAAAUAACAAAACUAGUAAUAACAUUUAGGCGCAUUAAUAUUUAUUCUAGACUUCUAAGCGGAAUGACUAGUUGAGAAUCAGUUGUGGUCUCUAGUCGAAAUGGUAGAAUAGUAUGGUCGGAAAUGUUAUGUGAAAAAUUUGAAAUAAGAACUAAACAGUGACAACUCUAGUCUACUUAAUUAUUUAAAAUUGCUUAUUAGAUAUGUAUGUCUGUAGGGACAUAUGUAUGUAUAUGAACUACUUCAACUAUUGAAGAGGUUGAUUUCUUAAGUGCAAAUAAGAUAAAGUUUAUUAAUCGUAAACUUGUACAAUUGUUGUUAAAUAUGUUUUUGCCAAGACUGCUUUAUAUUAGAAACAAAAUAAAUUAAUGAAAGAACUUCUUAAGAAUUAUU